GACCUGAGCAGGCAGGAACAGGCGCAGUUCACACUGAGACACACUGGACAGCAUGGAUACAAGCAAGAAAAACACGGUUCUAAGAGAAGGAUUCCUGGUGAAGAGGGGUCAUGUUGUACACAACUGGAAGGCGCGCUGGUUUGUGUUGAUGCCAGACAAGCUGCUGUAUUACAAAUACGAAGGAGGUAAACGGGACUCGAGUCAGCGAGGGAAAAUCCUGCUGAAGGACUGUGUGCUAACUUGCCCUUUUCUGGAGUAUGAAAAUCGACCGUUGGUGUUGAAGCUCCAGACCGCACAUGGGGUGGGUCAUUUUCUGGAGGCUUGUUCCCGAGAGGAGCGAGAUGAGUGGGCAGCUGACAUCACGGCCGCAGCUGACAAGCUGAGGUCAGCUGAUGGCGGGAAGACGCCAAACCAGCAAGAACCUGCUGGAUCCCAGUUGCACAACAUUGAUCUCAGCAAAGUGUUGGACUCCAUGUAUGAUGUGCACAGUGGAAUCAAGAUGAGCAACCACGUGGAGCAGGGCAGCACUUACUACAACUGUUUCUCGGGUUCAGCCGUGGUGGACUGGCUGGUGUUCAUGCAGCUGGCUCUGAACCGUGUGGAGGCCGUGACACUGGCCUUAGCCCUGCUGGAGGAGGGUUUCCUGCGGACUGUCGGCCUGAGGAGCGUGGAGGCCCUCCGCACCGCCGGCCUCAGUGAGCAGUUCAUGGAUGACUCCACUGCUCUGUACAGCUUUGCUGACACUUUAAAGAAGAAAGGCAGUGUAAAGGCAGAGACGUCGCUGUCUGCAGUGGAGCUGAGUGGACAAGUGAUUAAGAGAGGAUUUCUGCUGAAACAGGGACACAGAAGGAAGAACUGGAAGGUUCGACUCUUUGUGCUGCGUUCAGAACCUGCUUUCCUGCACUACUAUGAUCCCACUAAGGAUGACCUCAGUCCUGCUGGCGGCUUCUCACUGCGAGGCUGUCUGGUAUCUUCUCUGGAUGACAACGGAGUUCCCUCAGGUGUGAAAGGCAACAUUCAAGGAAACCUGUUUAAAAUCAUUACUCAGUCAGACACACGUUACUUCAUCCAGGCACCGUCCCACCAGGAGAAGAUGGACUGGAUAGACGCGAUCAGAGAGCAGACAUAGAGCCACAGAUUCAAGUUAAAACUUUUGAACAUUUCAACGAGACUAAAUUUAUACAUUCCAUGAAUGUACUGUAGCAACAAACUGGGAUUGAAAAAAUGAAAGUAUUAGUGUAAUCUUCUAAAAAGAAAAUUAGAAAUGGAAAACAAAAACUUUUCAGCCUGAUUAUUUCUGUAUUUUAAAGCUUGUACAAGGAGGAUUUAAAGGCUUUUGAAAGCCCAUUAACUGUAGCAUUUUUCUUGUGUUCUGUUUGUUUUUUCACGUGUUUUACAAUAUUUUUUCAAUAUGAAACAUAACCGUUUUUUACUCUAUUCUGCAAGCCGAAGGUAUGUGACAUUAUCCAGUAUUUCAAACACAAAAAAAUUAAAACAGAUUUGUGUAGCAGAGCUUUGUUUCUUUUUGUUUCCUACCCUAUAAAUCAUCUCAUUCCCCCAGAUUUAUCUCAUGACCCUGUGGGGGGAGCCCAGCCCUUAAGAUGGGAACCACCAGACUAAACUACCAGACUGUGUAGGAUUGUGCAUGCGAGUGGCAGUUUCAAUCCUUUUUUGUGGCGUUUCAGUCAGCUCCAUCAGACCUACCUGCUGUCGUAGCUUGGAAACUCUCUGUUGCAUAAUGCAAGCGUUAAUUUUACAGUAUGGUAUUAAAAAGG